GCCGUAUAUAACCAGACCCAUCGUUUCCCGGCCAGCAUUCUGGCUCAGCCACGCGCCUAUCCACGUCAACCUUAGUAUAUUAGUUUAAUCAGUAUUCCUUUAUUUAUAUAUUCGUUUCGAAUAAUUUUAAUCUAGUCAAACAAAAUGGCUUACCUCCAGUCGAUGCCCAAAUCCGAGACCAUCAAACUUCGUGAAAAACACAUCGGAGCCGCCUGUCAGCUGUUUUUCCGGUCAUCUCCCCUGAAGAUAGUGCGAGGCAUUGCUCAGUUCAUGUACGAUGAGCAAGGAGAGAGAUAUCUCGAUUGCAUUAAUAAUGUUGCACAUGUGGGACAUUGCCACCCACACGUGGUAGAAGCGGGCAGGAACCAGAUGUCGCUCAUCUCCACCAACAACCGGUAUCUGCAUGACGAGCUCGUGAUCCUAGCCGAGCGCAUCGUCAAUACCCUUCCUGAACCUUUGUCUGUCUGCUUCUUCGUCAACUCGGGCUCCGAGGCCAAUGACCUCGCCCUCAGGCUCGCCAAAGUGCACACCAACAAGAAAGAUGUGAUCACGCUUGACCAUGCGUAUCAUGGGCACCUCACAACUAUGAUUGAUGUGUCGCCCUACAAACUGAACCUUCCUGGUGGGCCCCCGAAGCCUGAUUGGGUUCACGUGGCCCCGGUCCCCGACACAUACAGGGGCAAAUACACGUGCCCACAAGACUCGAGUUCGGAGGAGGAGCUGGGCCACCUCUACGCUGAAGAAGUGAGGAACCUCUGCGACGCUGCCACGAAGCAACAUGGCGGCGUGUGCGCAUUCAUUGCGGAGAGUUUGCAGAGCUGCGGCGGGCAGAUCAUACCGCCUCAUGGAUACUUUCAGAAGGUUUACGAGCACGUACGGCAAGCGGGCGGCGUAUGCAUCGCGGACGAGGUGCAAGUCGGCUUCGGGCGCGUCGGAACACACAUGUGGGCCUUCGAGGCCCAGGACGUGGUACCCGAUAUCGUGACCAUGGGCAAACCGAUGGGCAACGGGCACCCAGUAGCCGCUGUGGUGACAACGCCGGAGAUCGCGAAGAGCUUCGCGGAUACCGGCGUGGAGUAUUUCAAUACGUACGGUGGCAACCCUGUAUCCUGCGCCAUAGCGAACGCAGUGCUCGACGUGAUCGAGGACGAACACCUAAUGGAGCGCGCGGACAGAGUUGGCAACCACUUGCUGGAGCGCUGCGCGGACCUGAAGCUGAAGCACAGAUUAGUUGGAGACGUGCGCGGGAGAGGGUUGUUCGUGGGCGUUGAACUGGUCACGGACAGGGAGUCGAGGACACCGGCCACGGCGGAAGCUAAACAUAUUGUUAACAGAAUGCGCGAAGAGAAAAUCCUCAUCAGCCGCGAUGGGCCAGACGCUAACGUGCUAAAGUUCAAGCCUCCCAUGGUGUUCACCAUCAAAGACGCCGACCGAUUGGUCGACACGCUGGACCGCGUGCUGGGCGAACUGGACGCUGAGCUACCCGUCACCAGUAUUAAACUCGAGGUUUCGGUCACACCUCUCACCAACAUGGAGUCAAAUAAUGACCUGGUCAUAAGCAGUUUAAAACCUGCUGUUAAAAGUUUAUAACCUUUACAUUUAAGAUGUUAGGUUUAGUUCUUAGAAGUAAUGAUCUGUAAAUAUUUACUAUAAGUUUAGAUU